AGCCUAAGUGUCACUGAAAUCAGAUUGAGCCCACACUGUGUUCAGACUAAGCCCCUUGCCUGAGCCCACUCUGCUGCUGGUCGCUGCCUAACCCUCAGGUCACAUGCUACUCCACCAUCCGUGCCAAGGAUGUUCAGAUUAUUCAGCAUCCCAUUGGUUUCUAGAAGGUCACAUGACUCUUAGUGCCAGGCGGUGGUGCGCUGCUUUUAAGCUGCCGCGCACCAGUCAGGCAGGCACAGAGGGGUCGUCUCUGUGUCGAGGCUCGUCCAAUGCCCAUCCUUCAGCGGCGGGUCAACACCACCCUCCACCCGGGCCCCUGCCCAUGCCUCUAACACCACCUGCUGAGCCUGGUAACCUUUUUAUUCCACUUUCCUCUGCCCUAACCUCUUCCCAAAUCUUUUUUUUUUUUAUCGUUUUAUGAAAUAUUCAUUUGAAUUUUUUUUUUUUUUUAAAGGGUGAUAGUGGAAAUAAUGAAGUGACAAUGGAUUAGUGCAGGAAAAGAUUUCUUAAUCAGUUUAUGUUUACAUCUUACAUUUCACCUUCUCUCACUAUGGAGCGUGAGGUUUGGUGAACAGUGAUUUGUAAGUCAAGGACAGAACUGGAAGCAAAAAUGAACUGGGCAUCCUUUUAUGCCGUGCUCAGCGGCAUAAACAGGCAUUCUACCGGCAUUGGCCGCAUCUGGCUCUCUGUCCUCUUCAUCUUCCGUCUCCUGGUGCUGGUGGUGGCGGCUGAGAGCGUGUGGGGCGACGAGAAGGCCCACUUCAUCUGCAACACGCAGCAGCCCGGCUGCAACAGCGUCUGCUAUGACCACUUCUUCCCUAUCUCACACAUCCGCCUGUGGGCACUGCAGCUCAUCCUGGUGUCCACCCCGGCCCUUCUGGUGGCCAUGCACAUCGCGCACAGACGCCACAUCGACAAGCGGCUGUACCGGCAGGCUGGACGCUCGAGCCCCAAGGACCUUGAACUAAUCAAGACCCAGAAGAUGAAGAUCACGGGCGCCCUGUGGUGGACCUACAUCAUCAGCUUGAUUUUCCGGGUGCUAUUUGAGUCGGCCUUCAUGUACCUGUUCUACAUGAUCUAUCCUGGUUACAAGAUGUUCCGGUUAGUGAAGUGCGACUCGUACCCCUGUCCCAACACGGUGGACUGCUUCGUCUCGCGGCCGACCGAGAAGACGGUGUUCACGGUCUUCAUGCUGACCGUCUCCGGCAUCUGUAUUCUGCUCAACAUCGCUGAGGCCAUGUACCUGGUAGCACGAGCCUACAGCAGACAUUUUAACAAUGCUAAAGACUCACCUAUUGGAGCCUGGAUCACUCAGAAACUGUGUUCCUUUUAAUAUGCCUUGUUAGAUUUGCUUAAGUCACUAAAGUGGAAGAAGUACAUUAGGGUUAAUAGGAUCACUCCUUGGCAGUUGUAAUCUGGGUCCAGUGACAACCACCUAAUUCCGAGCCAGUGUUGUUUCUUCCAAGGUUUUUCCAUCGUACCAGCGCACAUGAAGGGGCAUCUGUGCAAGACUACAUCUGUA